AUGGCUGUUCAGAGACGAAACUUCGUGGCGUUGGAUGCGUUCUCGAAGACGGAGGAGGAGGCGCGGGUCCGGACGAGCGGUGGUGGUCUGAUCUCGCUGCUGUGUGUUGUGUCUGCUGUGGUGCUGCUGUGGCGUGAGUGGGCACAGUUUCGGGCCGUAACGACGGACCCAAUGCUCGUUAUCGAUAGGGACCACGAGUUGCCGCUAAAACUGACGCUGGAUAUCACUUUCCCAGCGAUGCCCUGUGCGUUGCUAGGGCUAGACAUCAUGGAUGAGUCCGGGAACGUACAAUUGGACGUGCUGUUUGACCAGUUUACGAAAACGCGCGUAGAUGUCAAUGGGAACAUGGUCGGCGGGUCCGCGAGUGAGCCGUACAAACCGAACUCGCUUAGUGGGAAGCGCGCUGGGGCAAAGGAUCUGCAAAUGGACGCGGACUACUGUGGGUCCUGUUAUGGGUCGAAGAACCAGGAGAACAACGCGGAACUCCCCCCCGAGCAACGCAUCUGCUGCCAGACGUGUGAUGACGUGCAUGAUGCGUACUUGGAGGCCGGUUGGGCAUUCUUUGACGGUGCAAACAUUGAACAAUGUGAGUCUGAAGGGUACGUUAAGCGCAUCCAAGAGCAACUUCAUGAAGGUUGUAAUGUGAAGGGCACUGCGCUCCUGAACAGGAUCCAGGGGAACCUUCAUUUUGCCCCCGGGAAACCUUAUCAGCAGUUGGCCGCAGGGAUGCCCGGACAAGGGCUGGGUCACUACCACGACGUGUCCCUGUACGAGCGGAACCGACACAUGAACCUGAACCACGUCAUCAACGAGUUUCGGUUCGGCGAGGACCCGCAGUCCGAGAUUGUCGCGCAAAAGAUCCAACGGUCUGCACCGCUCGAGGACACGGUCGCAUCCUUGGAGAACCCACACUACUACAUCUUCAACUACUACACGAAUGUCGUGCCCACACGGUACGAGUUCCUUGGUGCUUCAAAACCCUUGGACACGGCACAGUACAGUGCGACGUACCACGACAGACCCAUCAUGGGCGGGCGGGACGCAGACCACCCAACGACGCUGCACGGACGCGGCGGGACCCCGGGUGUCUACUUCAACCUCGAGUUCUCCCCGCUCAAGAUCAUCAACCGCGAGAGAAGGCCGCAACAGUGGUCCACGCUCCUGUUGAACUGGAUCACCACCAUCGGGGGCAUCCUCGCCGUCGGGACUGUCACAGAUAAAGUUGUCUACAAGGCGCAGCGGUCCAUCGGUGCCAAGAAACAGCUCUGA